UAUUUUCAUCUCUUCUUUAACUACACAGUAUUGAUUACCUAGAACAUGACAAUGUGAGAAACCAGACAAGGGGGGAGGCUUGGAGAGGAAGAGGAGUCACAGGCGGUGCUGCCAAGAGGCUGCUUGUGGGGAUCAUUCAUGAAGAUGAGGUCGAUCUUCGCCAUCGCCAUUCUUGCCGCCACCACUGCAGUAGUGCUCUUCCAUGGGUCCGACGCGCAGGAGUUGAUGCAGAGCCACCAUACAGAGAGGAUCUCAGGCAGUGGCGGUGACGUUUUAGAAGACGACCCUGUGGGCAAGCUCAAGGUGUUCGUGUACGACCUCCCGGCGAAAUACAACACGAAGCCGGUGGAGAAGGACCCGCGUUGCCUGACGCACAUGUUCGCGACGGAGAUCUUCGUGCACCGGUCCCUCCUCUCCAGCGCCGUCCGAACCCUGGACCCCGAGGAAGCGGACUGGUUCUACACCCCCGUGUACACCACCUGCGACCUGACCGCCUCCGGCCACCCGAUGCCCUUCGACUCCCCGCGGAUGAUGCGCAGCGCCAUCCGGCUGAUCGCCGACCGCUGGCCGUACUGGAACAGGUCCGAGGGCGCCGACCACUUCUUCGUCACGCCGCACGACUUCGGUGCCUGCUUCCAUUUCCAGGAGGAGAAGGCCAUGGCGCGCGGGAUCCUGCCCGUGCUCCGGCGCGCCACGCUGGUGCAGACGUUCGGGCAGCGGAACCACGUGUGCCUCAAGGACGGCGGCGGCUCCAUCACCAUCCCGCCGUACGCGCCGCCGUGGAAGAUGGAGGCGCAGCUCCUGCCGCCGGCCACCCCGCGGUCCAUCUUCGUCUACUUCCGCGGCCUCUUCUACGACGCCGGCAACGACCCCGAGGGCGGCUACUACGCCAGGGGCGCCCGCGCGUCCGUGUGGGAGAACUUCAAGAGCAACCCGCUGUUCGACAUCUCCACGGCGCACCCGACGACCUACUACCAGGACAUGCAGCGCGCCGUGUUCUGCCUGUGCCCGCUGGGGUGGGCGCCCUGGAGCCCCCGCCUGGUGGAGGCCGUCGUCUUCGGCUGCAUCCCCGUGGUCAUCGCCGACGACAUCGUGCUGCCCUUCGCGGACGCCAUCCCGUGGGCGGACAUCGGCGUGUUCGUCGCCGAGGACGACGUCCCGAGGCUGGACACCAUCCUGACGUCCAUCCCCGUGGAGGUGGUGCUGAGGAAGCAGCGGCUCCUCGCGAGUCCGGCGAUGAAGCGCGCCGUGCUGUUCCCGCAGCCCGCGCAGCCCGGCGACGCGUUCCACCAGAUACUCAACGGGCUCGCACGCAAGCUCCCGCACGGCGAUGAUGCCUUCUUGAGGAACGGACAGACGGUCCUCAACUGGACGGCUGGACCGCCGAGAGACCUCAAGCCAUGGUAGUGGGUAUGGGUAGCCUUCAAAUUGCCAUGGUUACAUUACAUUACAAUAGUGAUGGACUGGUGGCCAUCAGCCAAAUACCUUUUUAUUUUUUGGUAUCUUCACCAUACGUACGUACAUCUACAGGCGUUGUAGGACUAGUAGUGCAUUUGUGAAUAUCGUACCCAAAAUUUACAAGGCUGUACUCCUGCUGAUGUCUGGUGUCGUUUAAAUUAUCCUCCAGAAUGAAAAUUCUCACGUACUCCCUCUGUAUCAGAAAACUUAACUUUUAUGUUCUAGGAUUCAAAAGAUGUCCCAAAAAACUUAUGUUUAAA